AUGAUCCUGACCUCUGACACGUUGUCAAUUGACGGCAGGCCACCUCUACGUGCGAGCUCUGAUAGGAGCAGGAAUCGGAGCAUAGAGGGAAGUAGCGCGAGCUACAACCCGCUUUCUGACGAGGACCCCGACUAUCAUGGGUCCUCCUCUGAGCGUGAGCGCCAGAGCCCCGUAGGGACCGCUUCCACCGGGGAGGCUGUCCCAGGAAAGGCGACUACCACUUCCACCACUGUUGCCGCCACCAAGACCGGAGUCAGCACGACGACCACAACGGCGUCUACCACCAGCAAAGCCUGUGCUGGUGUGAAAACCCACACCAGCACGGCCUUAGCUAAGAGAAGGAGGGAGUUUACGAGCGUAAGCUCGAUCUCGUCCAUUGAGGUAGACUCUAAACCCUCCACCAGUACACCGGUACUGAUACAGAAAAGGGACCCGAGGGGGAGGCCAGCAACAACGGGCAACGGAGUAGGUCUCAAACAUAUAUGGGCGGAAAAGGCAGCAAGGAAAAAGGAGAAGGCGAAUUGCCUGGAGAGUGAGGUGGAGGACCUCUCAGAUACCAUCUCGAAGGAGUUGCUAAGGGAGGCAGGGUCGACGGAACUAGCCUCGGAGGCAGGCCGUGCAAUCGAUGCGGUUCGCUUGGUGGCACGGAGGUCUAAUACGUUGAAAGGGACCUUUGUGUCGCUGCUGAACCGUGCCACGGCAGCCUCCGAGGCGGUUAUGUCGACUCUGAUCGCUAGAGUUGCUGCGCAAGAGGGGAGGAAGGAAGCCAUCACGAAGGUGAGGAAAGAGAUGGAGGGAUUGAGGGAGGAGAUGAAAGCACUGAGGGUGGAGAACAGGCGGUUCCUGGAGGAGCUGAUGCGGCCAAGCAGGCCGCCGUCGGCCCCAUCCCUGUUCUCGCUCCUCCGCCACCCCCCGUAA